AUGGAGUUUUUGGCCUACUUUCUUUGUUUUUGUGCCGCAUUCUUCAUUUUGAGGCUUAAAUGGAAGACGAGAAGUACACAGAAGCUACCUCCGGGACCAAAGCCUCUGCCGGUCAUCGGAAAUCUCUUGGAUCUCGGCGACAAGCCUCACAAGUCGCUCGCCGCCAUGGCUAAGGUAUAUGGCCCAAUUAUGAGUCUGAAACUUGGACGAGUUACGGCGGUGGUGGUUUCUUCUUCCGCCAUGGCUAAAGAGGUCCUACAAACGAACGAACACUCUUUGUGUGACAGAGCCAUUCCAGAUUCGUUGACCGCUUACGAUCAUAACGAAGUCGGAUUUCCAUGGAUUUCUGUUUCUCCUCUGUGGAGGAAAUAUCGCAAAAUAUGCAACAGUACUCUGUUCGCCCGAAAAAUCCUCGAUGCGAACGAAAAUCUUCGUCGGAAGAAAGUGGAAGAGCUCGUAGAGAUUGUUCGAAAAAGCGCGUUGAAAGGCGAGGCGGUGGAUAUAGGGAGAUUAUUGUUCACGACUACGCUGAAUCUACUCUCGAAUACGAUUUUCUCUGUUGAUUUAGCAUAUCCGAAAUCCGAAUUAGCGAGACAGUUUAAGAAGUGCGUGCAGGGAAUGAUGGAAUUGGCCGGAAAGUCGAAUUUGAGCGAUUAUUUUCCCAUGUUGAGGAAGCUCGACAUUCAAGGGAUGAGGAAGAGAAUGGAGAUUCACAUGGGAAGUUUUUUUAAAAUUCUAGACUCAAUGGUCGAACUGAGGAGGAAGGAGCAAGAACUGGAUCCUGAUUCUGUUCCAAACAACGAUAUGUUGCAUUAUCUUCUGAAGAACGAAGGGAGUGACGCUAAAAUCGAUCAUAAUCAGAUGAUACAUUUACUUAUCGUAUUGUUCGUAGCCGGCGCGGAUACAAGUUCAGUGUCGUUGCAGUGGGCAAUGGCGGAGCUAUUGAGGAAUCCAGAAAAAUUAGCAAAAGCUCAAGUGGAAAUCAGGCAAGUUUUGAGGAAGAACAAACCAAUGGAGGAAGCGGACAUUUCGAGGCUGCCAUAUCUGCAAGCGGUGGUGAAGGAAGCUUUACGAUUGCAUCCAGUGGGUCCAUUAUUGCUACCUCGUAAGGCGAAACAAGAAGUGGAGAUCGCAGGUUUCACAGUCCCUAAAGAUGCUCAGGUUAUGAUUAAUGCAUGGGCGAUCGGAAGAGAUCCGAUGAGCUGGGAGAAUCCAGAAUCAUUUGAACCGGAGAGGUUUUUGGGGUCGGAAAUUGACAUUAAGGGACGGAGCUUCGAGCUGAUUCCGUUCGGUGGAGGGAGAAGGAUUUGCCCUGGACUAUCACUGGCUAUGAGAAUGAUGCCUUUGAUGUUGGGUUCGUUAAUUAGUUUCUUCGAUUGGAAGGUUGAAAAUGGACUCGAGAUAAACAUGGAUGAUAGAUUCAGCGUGGCUGUGGAGAUGGCUCACCCUCUCAUAGCCAUCCCUUCCCUAGUGGUUUAAAAUAUUUACCGACUAUAACCCUA